GUCAACACUCCACUCCCUGGCAAUCGAGUAUGUACAUGCUAUUAUAUACUUUGGAAAGCAUUAAUCUUCUCGUCAUAUUGUAAACACCAUCACAUCUCUCCCUCUCUUUCUUCUUGACACCGUCAAAGAUCAUCAUCAUGAUGCGUGCUUCACUUCCAUUGCGUCGUGGUAUGCCCACUUCGGUUCUUGGAUCCGUGUCGGCCAAUUUGGCACGUCCAUCUUCCGUUUUGGCAGCUCCUUCUGCUUCUAAAUUCACCUCUUUGCAAUCAAACAAAGCUCCUUCGAAUUUAUCAAAAAGAUUCUACUCUUCCAAAACUCCCAACGAGAUCGCAUCUGAAGCACAAGCAGAUUUUGAUCCUCAUGCAAUUACUGCUAUGGACAAACAAUCACCACCUGAACCAGGAGCUGAUUUUAACGUAGUAAUCGUAGGUGCAGGUAAUAUCAACUUUGGUUCAGAUGAAGGACCAUGGAAUCACUCUUUCCGUUUGGAACACAAGCUUGGUCCACGUCUCAAAGUUGUCGGUCUCAUCGAUCCUUCUGCCGAUCGUGCCGAAAAGGUUUUGGAUGUUAAACGUAAAUCUUUCGUAUUGAGCGCAUACAAAGAUACAAUCGUUUACCCUACCUUUGCUGAUUACGUUCGCAACCGUGAUCCUGCAAAACCACCUCAUGCAUUCUGGGUUGGUUCUCCUCCUGCUUUCCGUGGUCGUGAAGAAUCAGGUCGCGAUUUGGAAAAAGCAUUGGUUGAAGCUUUCCCAAACGCUGGAAUCUUUAUCGAAAAGCCAGUUUCAACUGGUCCAGUUGAUGAAGCAUUUGCCAUUGCUGAACGUCUCAAGAGCGCUGGAAACAUUGUUUCAGUUGGUUACAUGUUGCGUUAUUUGAAGGUCGUUCAAAAGAUGAAACAAAUCUUGGAAGAGAACAAUCUCAAGGUCAUGGCCACAAAUGCACGUUAUAUCAUGGCAUACGAACAUACAGCCAAAUUGGAUUGGUGGGACAAAUCUCAAACUUGCGGUCCAAUCGUUGAACAAGCAACCCAUUUCUGUGAUCUUUCACGUUAUUUCGGUGGUGAAGUUGACCUUGAUUCCGUUUUGGCUCACUCUUUGGAACACUUUGAGCCUGCCGGUCAUUUGAGACGUGUCCCUGUUCCCGAAGAAACCAUUGCACCUGAACAACGUAUUCCACGUAUCACAUGUGCAACCUGGAAAUACACUUCAGGUGCAGUAGGAUCUUUGACCCAUGCCGUUGCUUUACACGGUUACAAUUACUCUACCGAAUUGGACAUUAUCGCUGACGGUCACAGUUUGCGUUUAGUGGACCCUUACAACGCUCCUGUUCUCUACUUCCGUCGUCCAGGUGACGAUCACGAAGAAGUUGUUCGUUAUCAAAGCGAUGAUCCUUUCUUCUCUGAAGUUUCAAAUUUGAUCGAUAAUAUCGAAUUGGGACCUGGAUCUGCACCAAUCCUUUCUUCUUAUGAAGAUGCCGUAAAGACAUAUGCUCUUACAUGGCAAAUCCGUAACCGAAGUGAAGAGCAAGUUCGCAAGUUAGGCAAAGGACCUGCCAAUUUCUAAAUUGAUUGACUAUCACUAUCCUUCUCUUUUUUGGCUCCUAGAACAGCAUUGACAUCAUUAAAGUUUUGUAGUAAACCCGUCGUAAAGGAUGAGAAUCUAUAUAUGCAUCAGUAAUUGAAAA